UGGACGGACGUGUGUGCUCUGCAUUUUGCCUCGUGCUGACUGUUGUCGCUGCUGUUCUUGCUGACGAACCUGCUCAGCUGGACCCUCAUGUCCUUCAGCAGGCGCUCAGGAUAGUUAUGGAGAAAAACUCAGAGUUUGCCGCGCUCAGAGAAGAGGUGUUGAGUUUGAAGUCGGAGGUGGAGCGACUCCGCAGUGGCGCUGCUGCGAAGAACGAGCAGCUGAAGGUGGCCUGGGUGUCCGGAGCCGUUGCGGAGCUGAGGUCGGAGCUGGCGGAGAUAUCCGCCUCUGUGAACGUCACGGAGCUCCGCAGCCGAGGGGACACCCUGGGUGAGGAGGUGCGAGUGGUGAGGAGUGACGUCAUCGCUGUUCGUCGUGACGUGGAUGUCCUGAGGGCGCAGACCGAGGCUAGGGUGUCAGUAUUGGCGGACGACCUGAGGGAUUUGGCUGUCAAGUGUAGAGUGCAGCACAAAAAGGACUCCAGAAUAACACCUGCAGAAGACACGCCAGAAGACAACAAGAAAUAUCGUCAUCAGCGAUUGUUGAAGAAGAAGAUGGAGACGCUGACCUCGGCUCAGGCACGGUUGGAGUUGCAGGUUCAGCGUCUGGAGAAGAAACUCCAGACUCCAGCUCCAGUAGCCAGGUUCCAGCGGGUGACCGACAAUGAAGUCCUGGAGGAAGACUUGGCUCUCCGGGUUUCUCAGCUGGAGAAUGAGAACAGGAAAACUGCAAAGUCCCUCUUCAACAUAACACGCCAGGUGGCCGGCCUCAGCAAGCUGCAUGUGUCUAUGCUAGAGCUUCUAGAGUCUGUGGAGAGCUUGGAGGCCAAGGUAGACGACACAGUUCCUUCCUUCCGCAAGGAAAUCAGCAGAUUGGAGUUCAGCUUGGCUCAGUUGACCUCAACUGUCAGCAUCACCAAGGAAGAUCAGGAGAACCAGCGUAGUAUGGUGAAGGCUAUGGGAGAGGCUAUGUCGACCAUGCAGGAGAAGGUGAACCACGACCACGCGAGGCUAGCAGCCCUGUCCGAAAAGAAAGCCUCGCGCGAGGUGCCGCUGACUCUGCCUCAGCACUCUGAACGACUCUCGGGUCUUGUGGAACGACUGACUCAUGUUGUGCAAGAUUAUGACUCCAUUGUCGCUGAUUUACCUCACGAUUGCAGUUGGGUGAAUGGUCCGUCAGGUCUGUAUAUCGUAGCACCGGGUAAAGGCACACCAUUGGUUACUUUCUGUGACCAAACUACUGGCGCGGGCGGUUGGACUCUGGUGCAGCGCCGACAAGACGGCUCGCAAGACUUCAACAACAACUGGCAACAAUACGCUAAAGGAUUCGGCUCUGCUUUAGGAGAGUUUUGGAUUGGCAAUGAAGCUCUGCACAGACUGACAGCAGCCAACGAGUCGUCUCUCCGAGUAGACCUUGUGGAUAUCUACGGCAAAGCUUGGUACGCGGAGUACGAUCAGUUCAGCGUCGGCAACGCUAGUGACGGCUACAGACUCAAUGUUGCCGGUUACCAUGGUAACGCUAGUGACGCCCUCGACUACCAGAACCACAUGCAGUUCAGUGCCAUUGAUUCUGAUAGAGAUGUUAGCAACACUCACUGCGCGGCCAACUACGAGGGAGGAUGGUGGUUUUCACAUUGCCAACACGCAAAUCUAAACGGCCGCUACAACCUGGGGCUGACGUGGUUUGAUGCGGGUCGCAAUGAAUGGAUUGCAGUCGCAAGAUCAGAGAUGAAAGUCAGAAGUCGCAGGCAUCGCGGAAACGCUCAACCUGCCGCAGCGUAGACUCACUAUUAGUUAUAAACAUUCAGUGAUUCUGAACAAAACUUUGGAAUUGUCCCAGAUGCGUAUUUUAAACAAACGUAUGAUAAUAUUUUGUAAUUAAUCUAUAAGUUAAGUUAAAGGCUUUUAAUUUUACGUAGACAUUUAACUUAAUUGGAAGACUUUCCUUCGGAAAUAUUUUUUCCCAAAAUUUUGUGUAAACAUUUUGUUUUGUCUAAACAAAAUUAAUGGUGCUGUGUUUUCCUGUCAAUAUUUGUUGUAAAAUAUCCCAUUUUAAAUUUUACUUUUUAAUCGCCGGUUUUUAGCGAAGUAGUACAUUUUGUGAUCAAUGUUUUCAAAAAAAUAAACAAUGCCUUUCCAUUUGACUGUACCAAACAUUGUCCCUAGUUUAGUUUUUCAAGGUAGUCGUCGGAACUAGUCAAAUUAGAUUGUAUAUGUGUUAAUAAUUCAACCUGACAAGAUUAAAUUAGUUUUGGACGUAGCUGAUGUUUUCAAAGUAAAAUGUAUAUAGUCACUAGAUUUAGAAAUAACAAUUAAUUGCCAAAAAUAGUUGUAAUAGAUGUAAAUAGAAUAUUGUACAGUGUAACAUACUCUGAAGUUUGAAGUAGGAAGUGGUUAGUUUAUUCUUUGUGAGACUGUAUAUGUAUGAAUGUGUUUUUACUCUGAAUUAUCACAAAUUUGUCCUAUCAGAAAAAGAGACAAGUUUUGUAGCUUAUUAUUUCAACCAUUGCAUUUUACUAGUUAAGUACUGACAGUACUGAAUUGGUUAUCAUUAGAAAUUCUUAAAAGCUUUUUAACAGUUUUGUUUUUUUAACAUACCACAAGCACUGUUUUAUAACAUGAACAAUUUUUUCAAAAAAGAAUAAUAAAAUGUGUUUUCUCUCUGGAAUUUGUUUGACCUUUAGACACAAGAUGUUAUUAGAUGUUAAGAUGUUGCUUAAGAUGUUUUUAGACCUUUUUAUUUGGUUAAAGCACAAAUUUUAUUGAUGUUUUUUUAGCUUUAAAAAUAUUUGAUAUAGCUGUAAUAUUUAUUUUUUAAUUUAAUGUGUAAUUCUCUGCCGUCCUAAUAAAUGGCUGAUCUUAUAUCUUGAUUUUUAUUCAAGAUAAAAGUGCCCCGAAUAAAGUUUUAAGAUUCUUAGUACAUAACUAGGUAUUAUUAUAUUGUACAUACGAGUGUUUUAAAUGCACUUAACGUUGUUAAAAUCAUCAUUGUAAGACAUUUAGUUUUUAGAGUUGGAAAAGCUACAAAUUGUAGCAUUGUUCCAACAAAGUACAGUAAUGGCAGUUACCAAAAAAGUAGUAAUAUCUAAACUCAAAACUGAGUGUGUAAUUGUGACUUAAAAAUUAAACAUCUGUCCGGCAUUUAAAAUAAUUAGUUUUAACAAGUAGUAUUUUAAAUAAACCAUACAUAAUAUUAAGUUGUACUAUAUGUUUUAUUUUUUAUG